AUGAGUUGGAUGGACUCAUGGUCAAGCCCAGGCAAACACGCUGCAGUACCACCUCCAUUUUAUCUUACUCAGGGAGAAGAUGUGCCCUACUGCCGAACUUGCGGUAGAGUAAUAGGUUCCCGCAAGCAGCAACAGAAGGGUUCAAACACCAUCAAAUAUUGCUCCGAUCGAUGUCGAAAUCAAAAACCAGGUCCCGUAGACAAGAAGGUCGAGAGAAUGAUGGUUUCGAUUUUGAAUGCAGAGACCGGAUCCGGAAUUGAGAGCACCGCUGCCAAAUCCAAGUUGACCAAGGGCGACCGACGUAUCAUUGUGACAUGUGAUGAGCUCGAAGAGGUUAUCUUUGGCGGUAGACACGAUCCUGCAAAGACAUUUGGGCGCAAGAAGAAUCGUGCAACCCGUGCAUUGCACGGAGAAGGUGAAUGGAAAAGUGUCGACAUGGAUGAAAAUCACGAUGUCCACUCGGAUCAGGAUGGGUCGCCGGUAGAGGCAACUCAUCCGCGAAUCCGUCCAAAGGUUCGACCUCCUCAGCUAGAAUCCGACGUCAACGGUAGCAUCGGUGGAGAGAAAGGCUGGGCCGAGCGUCACUUUGAAACACCCGAAGAGUACGAAAAGAGGUUGGAGGGACGGCAGCGUGCCGAGGAACGCGAGAUGAUCCGGCGAGCUGCAAGGCGAGGUGUUGUUUUUGGCUUUGAGGUGGACUGGCCACAUUUGGAUCACCAAACACAGCAGGCCAAAGGAAACUUAGAGUCUGGUCGAGAUGAUAGCAACACCGGGAAUCGACCAUCUCAACAGCGGCGACGAAAAUGUGAAGCGGUAAUGAAUGGUUCAGUGGUUGAACCCAGUUUCGCCAAAGGAAAUUGGGCUAUUCGGUGGAGGGAGUAG